GAGAAAAUAAAAAAAAAUAAAAAUGGAAGGGUGAGUAGAGAUAGAGAGAGCAAACGCAAACGCUGGUUGUUUCGUUUUUGUUUUGUUGCUGUUUUUUUUUUAUCCACAAAUAUUACUUGUUAAUAUUAUUAAUUUUUGUUUAACAAAAAAUUUCCAACUGAUGAUUUUUACUUUAUAUCUCUCUUGUUUUUGCUACUUUAUUGGGUGUUGGAGAGAGAGUCAGAGAUAAGACCUUCAAGUUGAGUUGAGUUUUUUUAUUGCAAUCUGUUUUUGUCUGUCUAAUAAAAUAUUUUUAUUUAUUUAUGAGCCUUCUAGAGAGAAAGGGAGAUGAAUGUUGUUACUUGUUAUUAGUGGAGGCUUCUGAAGAGAGUGAAGAGUAGUAGCGUGUGUUGUGUUGUUGUUGCUGCUGCUGCUGCAAUGGGAACUCCACCAACGGAUGAGCUUGUGAAGAAGAUCCAACAGCUGGAGGAAGGACACGCGCACCUGAAGCAAGAAAUGUCGAAACUAAAACUCUCCGAUGUGAGACACGGCCACCAUCGCCAGAGGUCGCACUCCGUCUCUCCGCAGCGUUCUAGAUUGGGAGCUCCGCCGAAGAAGCGGAGCGAUGCACCGGCUGCUGCGUGGAAGCGAGGUUCGUGUUCUUUUAAACAGUCGUCGCCGCUGCAGAGGGAGAGUCGCGGUGGCGGCGAUCCUCAAAUUCACGGCGGAGGAGAAGAAGCUGCUCCGCGCCGUGGUCCCUCCGCCGUCAAUUUCACGGAACGGCAGUAUCUUAAUAUUUUGCGGUCAAUGGGACAGUCCGUUCAUAUAUUGGAUCUUAACUGUCGCAUAAUAUACUGGAACCGUAGUGCGGAAAAUCUAUAUGGUUAUACAGCAGAGGAAGCUCUAGGACAGGAUGGGAUUGAGCUACUUGUAGACCCUAGGGAUUUGGACUUGGCCAAUAAUACAGUGAAUCGUGUUAUGAUGGGAGAGAGCUGGACAGGGCAAUUUCCGGUCAAGAAUAAAACAGGGGAGAAGUUUUUAGCUGUAGCGACUAAUACACCUUUUUAUGACGAUGAUGGAAGCUUAGUUGGGCUAAUUUGUGUCUCUAUUGAUUUGCGGCCCUUUCUUGAAAUGAAAGUUCCAAUGCCUACUAGUGUAAGGAACAUCGAGUCAGAUUCAGAUUCAGGUGGAACCCGACCUAGAAGUAGCAUUACAAAUAAACUUGGCCUUGACACUCAACAGCCGCUUCAAGCUUCUAUAGCUUCGAAAAUUUCAAAUUUGGCAUCAAAGGUGGGUAACAAAGUUAAGUCAAGGAUCUGGAUGGGAGAAAACAAUUUGGAUCGGGAAAGUGGGAGUGGUGAAAGUCAUCAUUCUGAGCAUAGUUUGUUGGAAUCUGUUUUUUUGGAGCAGAGAGAGGAUGCUAAUUCCAGUGGAGCUAGCACCCCCAGAGGUGAUGUGCCACCAUCCCAUUUUGGUGCGUUUUCUCAUGUCGAAGAAAAAUCCCAGGGAAAAGCUCUGAGAGAGUCUGGUGAUGAGAGUGAAGGAAAAUCUAUUCAUAAAAUCAUACCUAAGGCUGAAGCCUGGAUUCAAAGGAAAACAUUAUCAUGGCCGUGGAGAACAAAAGAUCGAGAAGGAUCAGAUGCAAUGAAUGUUCGUGUUGCUGGGUCCUGGAGACAGAAUGAUCAAGAAAAUGAAUCAGUUAAUCAGAAGAUUCUUUCUUCUGGCUUGAAGCAAGAAAGCCAGGCAGGUGAAAGUAAUCGCCCUACUAACAAUGAGGCUUCAGGAUCCUGGUCCUCCUUUAAUGUUAACAGCACAAGUAGUGCCAGCAGCUGUGGGAGUGCUGGCAGUGGUGCUGUCAAUAAUAAAGUGGAUGUGGACACUGAUUGCUUGGAUUAUGAAAUUUUGUGGGAGGACCUGACAAUUGGAGAACAAAUUGGGCAAGGUUCUUGUGGAACUGUCUAUCAUGCUCUGUGGUAUGGAUCAGAUGUUGCCGUCAAAGUUUUCUCGAAGCAAGAAUAUUCAGACGAUGUGAUACUGUCCUUCAGACAAGAGGUGUCUGUCAUGAAAAGACUUCGACACCCAAAUAUUCUUCUCUACAUGGGGGCCGUGACUUCACCUCAACGUCUAUGCAUUGUGACAGAGUUUCUCCCGCGUGGAAGCUUGUGCCGCUUGUUACACAGAAACACAUCUAAACUUGACUGGAGACGGCGAGUUCAUAUGGCCUUGGAUAUUGCACGAGGUGUAAAUUAUCUUCAUCAUUGUAACCCACCUAUCAUCCACAGAGAUUUGAAGUCAUCAAAUCUUCUAGUUGAUAAGAACUGGACUGUGAAGGUUGGUGAUUUUGGUCUUUCACGUCUUAAGCAUGAAACAUAUCUCACAACUAAGACAGGAAGGGGCACGCCUCAAUGGAUGGCACCGGAAGUUCUUCGUAAUGAACCCUCUGAUGAGAAAUCUGACGUUUACAGCUUUGGAGUAAUAUUAUGGGAAAUUGCAACUGAAAAGAUACCUUGGGAUAAUCUCAACUCAAUGCAGGUGAUUGGAGCUGUAGGAUUCAUGAAUCAACGGCUAGAGAUUCCAAAAAAUGUUGAUCCACGGUGGGCUUCUAUAAUUGAGAGCUGCUGGCAUAGUGAUCCAGCUUGCCGGCCAACGUUCCCCGAACUGCUUGACAAGCUUAAAGAGCUGCAAAAACAGUAUGCCAUUCAGUUCCAGGCUGCCCGAUCCACUGCCAAGGAAAGCACCCAAAAGGAGUCCUAGACAACCUUGGAGCUAUUUUUUCUGUCACUGUGGCUGUGGCUGAUGCUUAAUGAUUUUUUUGCAUAUAUUUUACCAAAGCUGCUGGAGUAGAUGAGUUAGUACCAAGUACAAACAGCUGGUCUUGGAACCAUGUAGAGUAGCUGAUCCUGGAGUCCUCCAACAUUUGCUAAGGUAUUAUGAAGAACGAAGAAGGGAGAUGGACUGAUAAAACUUAAAAGAGAGGUGGGGAUUGCCAAACUUUUGAUAGUGAUUGGAUUAGUCAUCUUAUUUUUCUCUAGUGGCAUUUUAAAGUUUCUUCAAUUGAUUGGUGGUGUUGUGUUUGGAGUCUUGUCAAUCGGAUCGAUCACCACCCGCAUUGUACUUUUCUAUGCAAAUGUUUGCGCCACUAUUUAAAAGUUGUACAGAAGGUAGCGAAAAGAAAGGGAAAAAAAUUCGUUUGACUACAUAGAUUAGAAUCACAAAGUCAGUGUGGUUCUGUGUUUUCAGUUAAUGUUGGAUCUUUAUCAUUAUCCACUUGAAGCAAAAAGUGCAACUUAGCACGUCAGACAGCCUUCCAUUCAGCAUUUGGUUGGCCUGUUUCAAUUCAUCUUAUGGAACGAGUGUAGAGAACAAUUCCAGUGUGCAUGGUAAUUUUCAA